AUGGCGUGUUGGGCAACGUUGUCGCUGUACGACUGCUCGACAAACCGGCCGGCAUCUCUCUUUGGUAAUAACUUAGGAGCGCCUGAACGAUUGUUCUCGCAGUCACUGCGGCCGUGCCCUGAACGGGCUUAUGUAGGACGAUGGUCAGUGUAUCAGGCUUCGAGAAGCUUCUUUAUCACUGGCGGUGCCUCCUCUCCCAUGGAUGUGGAGGUUGUCUUGCCAAGGGAUUGCGUGAUGCUGCAAUGGGGAGGGGGUAAUCCACCUCGCCUAGGAGAGGCAUUGGGCGUUGUGUUCUCGUCCACUACCUCCGAGCUCUCGUGGAUGAUGUCCACGAGGGCAGAGAUAUACCUAAUUUCUGUGUCAAUUCCUGGACUCAAUCCAAAAUGGCGUUUCAAGAUUUUUGAUCAAAUUUCAGAGCGAAGAAAGCUCGAAAGGCAGCAAAAGAUGAAGAGAAGAAUCAUGAUCGCUGUCGUAUUACUUCUCCUCAUCCUCGCCGCGGUUGCUGCUGCUGUUGUCUAUCUUGUUGUGUUCAAAAACAAGAGCGAGGACGCCUCCGCCAACAAAUCUAACAAGAACGCCUCAAAAGAACCAACCACCCCUAAAAGUGAUGCAACACCACCUCCUAAGGAUGACACACCAUCAACACCUCCUGCCCCUCCACCAAAGGAGGAAGGUGCUGCAGCACCGCUGGUUGAGGAUGCUGCGGCCCCUUCACCACCAUCUGACAAUGCUCCUGCACCGUCACCACAAGAGGGUGACAAUGCAGCAGCACCAGCCCCUUCACCACAAGCUGAAGGAGCUAUAGGAGCAAUAUGUGCGGCCACGGAUUUCAAUCAAACAUGCGGGGACAUUCUAUCAAAAGUCUUACAAACCAAUGCCUCUGGGGCUCAACCCGCGGAUCUUCUCAAGGCAACCAUGUCUGCAGCUAUUGAUGAGAUUGCAAAGGGCAUUGAUGAACUAGGCAAAAUCAACAAGGAUUCUCCAGAGAAAUCGACCGCCUAUGACGAUUGUAUGUCCCUCCUUGCUGAUGCCAAAAAGGACUUGAACAGUUCUAUUUACAUUCUUGAUGGCGGCAUUAAUGAUGUCGCCUCAGCAACAGCUGAACUCAAUAACAAGUUAAGUGCAGCUUUAACAUACCAAGACAUGUGUGUGGAUGGAUACCCUGAAGCAGACCAGUCCACGGUACAAACUGCCUUGAAGAUAAUAGGGGAACAUACCAUCAAUUCUCUGGCUGUUGCGUCCGAAUUGUCAACAACAUCCCCAAAGCCAAAUAAUAAUGCUAAAAGACGUCUUCUAACAACACGAUUAGGCGUUCCCACAUGGAUGAAUCAAGGUGAUCGUAGAAUGUUGGAAGAAGAAGAAGCUAAAGAUCCAAAGGGUAUUGCAAACGUCACUGUUGCAAAAGAUGGUAGCGGUAAUUUUACUACCAUAAAUGAUGCUCUAAAGGCAGUUCCAAGCUUUGAAGGAAGGUACUUUAUUUAUGUGAAAGAAGGAGUUUAUGAAGAGAAUGUAGUUGUGUCACAAACCAAUCUUACAUUUUUUGGAGACGGAUCCCAAAAGAGUAUUAUCACCGGGAGCAAAAACAUUGUGGACGAUCUGUCAACGUACCAAAGUGCAACAGUUGUUAUUUCGGGGAAUGGAUUUAUUGCAUAUAAGAUAGGAUUCCGAAACACAGCGGGUCCAGAAAAGUUACAAGCAGUGGCACUCCGGGUCCAAGCUGAUCAUGCAAUAAUUGUGAAUUGUCGCAUGGAUGGUUACCAAAGCGUGAUCCACGCUGCAACCCAUCGACAAUUCUAUCGCGGCUGUUACAUUACAGGUACGGUUGACAUUAUCUCGGGCAACGCUGCUGCUGUAUUCCAGAAUUGCCAAAUUUACCUAAGGAAACCAUUGGAUGACCAAAAGAACGUCAUUACUGCUCAAGGAAGGUCGAACAAGCGUCAAACCACAGGAACCGUCUUGCAAAC